GUACUAGGGCCACAGCCAGGAGCAAGACAGAUUAAAAACCCCUCUUUCUAGUAAGAGAGACUGACUAGGGGUUGCAUGGAAACCAGGUGGCCAAGGGAAGCGUCACUGUCACUGAAAUGACAUCUGAGCCACAAGUUACAGGAGAUCUUCGACCCCCCGGAGGAGCUGGAGCGGAAGGUGUGGGAGCUGGCGAGGCUGGUCUGGCAGUCUUCCAACGUGGUGUUCCACACGGGUGCUGGCAUCAGCACUGCCUCUGGCAUUCCCGACUUCAGGGGUCCCCACGGAGUCUGGACCAUGGAGGAGCGAGGCCUGGCCCCCAAGUUCGACACCACCUUUGAGAACGCACGGCCCACGCAGACCCACAUGGCGCUGGUGCAGCUGGAACGCGUGGGCCUCCUCCGCUUCCUGGUCAGCCAGAACGUGGACGGGCUCCAUGUGCGCUCAGGCUUCCCCAGGGACAAAUUGGCAGAGCUUCAUGGGAACAUGUUCGUGGAAGAAUGUGCCAAGUGUAAGACGCAAUACGUCCGGGACACAGUCGUGGGCACCAUGGGCCUGAAGGCCACGGGCCGGCUCUGCACCGUGGCUAAGGCAAGGGGGCUGCGGGCCUGCAGGGGGGAGCUGAGGGACACCAUCCUAGACUGGGAGGACUCCCUGCCCGACCGGGACCUGGCACUUGCCGAUGAGGCCAGCAGGAACGCCGACCUGUCCAUCACGCUGGGAACAUCACUGCAGAUCCGACCCAGUGGGAACCUGCCGCUGGCUACCAAGCGCCGGGGGGGCCGCCUGGUCAUCGUCAACCUGCAGCCCACCAAGCACGACCGCCAUGCUGACCUCCGCAUCCACGGCUACGUCGACGAGGUCAUGACCCAGCUCAUGAAGCACCUGGGGCUGGAGAUCCCCACCUGGGACGGCCCCCGCGUGCUGGAGAGGGCGCUGCCGCCCCUGCCCCGCCCGCCUACCCCCAAGCUGGAGCCCAAGGAGGAAUCACCCACCCGGAUCAACGGCUCUAUCCCUGCCGGCCCCAGGCAGGAGCCCUGCGCCCAGCACAACGGCUCAGAGCCCGCCAGCCCCAAACGGGAGCGGCCCACCAGCCCUGCCCCCAACAGACCCCCCAAAAGGGUGAAGGCCGAGGCGGUCCCCAGCUGACCAGGGUGCUUGGGGAGGGUGGGGCUUUUUGUAGCAACUGUGGAUUCUUUUCCUCUCGUGGUCUCACUUUGUUACUUGUUUCUGUCCCCGGGAGCCUGAGGGCUCUGAGAGCUGUGCUGCAGGCCAGGGGUUGCACCUGCCCUCCAUGGUCUCUCCCUGGGCUCUGGGGGCCUUUGGUGGGGUUUGGGGAAGAAGCCACACCCCAGAGCUAACAGCUGAGCCCCUGCCACACCCCAUUCUCUGACUUGGAGUGUUGUCCAGAGGUGCGGCUGGGCCCUCCCGGGUCUCCAGUUUAAACAGGAGUGAACUCCCUCUGCCCCCAGGGCCUCCCCUCUGGGCCCCCCACACCCACCCUACCCCUCCUCCAUGGACCCUGCAGGAGGGGAGACCCACCUCGAAGUGGGGGACGCAGUGGAGGCUUUGCACUACCUUCAGGGCUGGAGGGAGACGUGGGUCCACCAGGCUUCUGGAAGAGUCCUCAAUGCAAUAAAAAAUUUCCUUCUUGCA